AUGGCUAAGACAAGAAAAGAAUAUAUAUUUUUCCAUAACAACUACUUCAAGCAUGAUGUUGUUGUUAUAGCAUAUCCUCGGUCAGAAUACGGGCAAUAUAGGAGAUUUGAUGUAGACACUAACAAGGGUGGAAAAGGCAUAAUCUUGUAUGCAAACACGUGGAUUUCAAGAUCUACAAACUAUUUCUGGAAAGGUUUUAGAACUCGUCGGUGAUAUCUGAAGAAGAGGUUUCAUGGCGAUGGAAAGAGAAGGGGGUGAUGGGGGGUGAUGCCAC